UUCAGGCAGCGUCGACGAGGAGCCCGGUCAGCGUCUCCAGGCCGCACUUCUCUCCCAGUGUGUAAUUCCUUUGUUGUCUAUACAUUAGUGCUUUGCUAGUGUUACAACCAUAAAGAACAUACUGAGCACUGCACUCUUAGCUCGGGAGCUCCAAUCCUCUCAUUCUAUAGAUGGAGAAACUACUGCGGACUCAAAGCUCCGUGUCUGGCCUCCGCCCAGGUCUGGAGACGGCCCUCCGCUAAGGGGCGGGCCCGGGGCGCGGAUCCUGAAGCCUCCUCCUUUCUCUUCUCUCCUCCUUCUCCCCGUCCCGGCCGCGGCACCCCCAAGAAUCUCUUCUGCCUCCUCCCUGCAGGGCCAGGUUUGUGGCUUUAGAGGUCCGAGGCCGGCCUGCAGCAUAGUCCAGCCCAACCCCGCUGUACACCUGGGGAGUCUGAGAACCGAAAGAGCAGUGUGGCCCGAGGUGACCCAGCCCGCGGUAGGGCCACGGCUAGACGCAAGUCUCCGAAGUUCCAAGAUUGGAGUUUGCUCGUUUGUCUCCUGCUUGGUAUCCUGCGUCAGCGUGGCAAGUUGAGAUUGCCGCGUAUCCGGCCGGCUAGCUCCCAGGCCGCAACCCUGUGUCUCCCGGCCGGGGAACUGCAGAAGUUGCGCCUGCGCUGAGCCUUCCUGCGAGGCUGCUUGGCGAAGGAACCCGCCCUUUUUGUCCGCGGGACGCGUCACUGGUUACCCUGGAGACUGCGCUUUGGGGACUGUUUACUUCUAAGUUCUGCAAGAGUUCCAUUUGGGGCAAGGAGGCUCCCACCUUGACUUUGUGCAGUAUUCUUUGUGGCGCUGAGGACUUUGGAAACCUCAAAUGGCCAAAUUCCUACAACCUCCGCCCAAGUUCCUGCCCUCGGAAUGGCACAUUGCUAACAAGGAACAGUACCACAGAGCAGAGGCUCAGAGGUCCCGAUCUGAGCGCCUGGUGGCAGAAAGCCAGAGGCUUGUGGACGAAAUUGAAAAGAACACAAAAAAAUCUCAAAGUGAUGUGAACAAGAAACUAGAACAGAGACUUGAAGAAGUCAGGUUCUGGAAGAAGGAGUUAGAUGACAAACUUGAGCAGCUUAUAUAUGCAACGGAAGACCUACUCAUAUAUCGGACCAGAUUGGAGAAUGCCCUGGAGAGCUUCAAAGAACCCUUGCGGAUCACUCAGCUGUGCCUUGAAUACAGGGAGAAGCGAGUUGGCAUCGACCUGGUGCAUGACGAAGUGGAACAGGAGCUGAUAAAGGAGGCUGAGAUCAUCCGGGCGGUGAUGGCCCUGCUGACCCGCACCUUGGAGGAGACGUCCGAGCAGAUCAGGCUGAACCGCUCUGCCAAGUACAAUCUUGAAAAGGAUUUGAAGGACAAGUUUGUGGCCCUGACCAUUGAUGAUGUCUGCUUCUCACUCAACAACAACUCGCCAGACAUCAGAUAUUCUGAGAAUGCUGUGAGGGUCGAACCAAACUCUGUGAGCCUGGAAGACUGGUUGGACUUCUCCAACACCAACGUGGAGAAGGCUGACAAGCAGAGGAACAACUCCCUGGCGCUGAAGGCCCUGGUGGACCGAAUCUUGACCCAGACAGCUAAGGACCUGCACAAGCAAUGUGACGUGGUGGACACGGCAUUCAAGAAUGGGCUGGAGGAGACCAAGGCUGCCAGGGACAAGCUGGCUACUCAUCUGGCCAAGGUCAUGGAAGAGAUUGCGUCCCAGGAGAAAAAUGUUACAGUUCUCGAGAAAGCCAUCCUUGACCAAGAAGGGCCUGCCAAGGUGGCUCAUACACGCCUGGAGACCAGGACGUAUCGGCCGAACGUGGAGCUGUGCUGUGAUGCUGCACAGUACAGGCUGAUCAGAGAGGUGAAUGAUAUCACCCACAACGUUGCAAGAUUAAAGGAAACAUUAGCCCAAGCUCAUGUGGAGCUGAAAGGGCUGAAUCGCAGACAACUGGCUCUGCAGGAGGAGAUCCAGGUCAAAGAGAACACCAUCUACAUCGAUGAGGUGCUGUGCAUGCACACGAGGAAGUCCAUCCCCCCGCGGGACGGGGACGAGCGUGCAGAGUGGGCCGGCGGCCUCCGCCCCGACGCUGUCUGCUGAAGGAGGCGUAGUUCAGGCCCUCAUUAAACCAUGUCAUAAAACAGUA